CCAAAACUUGAAAAGAUCCAGCUCACGGUCUCUUGACGAGUCUCGAUAUCCGUCUUCUUCUCUUUUUUUUUGUUUCUUCCCUUUUUCUCAAUCCCAAUCGUCCGGCACUUCCCCGCAAUGGCGUCCACAGACCUGGCGAAGAGAAAGCGACCGAGAACCCAAUCCUGCCCGCCUCCCGAGCUUCCACAGCUUGUCGCAGAGCAACAUGUUCCUAUUCCAUCGCACGAUAAGGACACGAAGCGACUGAUUGUUGUCCUAUCGAACGCCAGUCUCGAAACCUACAAGGCGGGUGGAAAGGGUAUGAAUGGCAAGGACGAGAAAUACUCGCUGCUCAACAGCGACGAGCAUAUCGGUGUAAUGAGGAAGAUGGGUAGAGAUAUCAGCGAGGCCAGACCGGACAUCACCCACCAGUGCCUUCUCACUCUCCUUGACUCUCCAAUCAACAAAGCUGGAAAGCUUCAGAUCUACAUUCACACCGCAAAGGGCGUCCUAAUCGAAGUCAGCCCCACGGUCCGCAUUCCUCGCACAUUCAAGCGGUUCGCCGGCUUGAUGGUCCAGCUGCUACAUCGGCUAUCGAUCCGCUCGACAAACUCGCAGGAGAAGCUGUUGAAAGUGAUCAAGAACCCGAUCACGGACCAUCUACCGCCCAACUGCCGCAAGGUCACGCUCAGUUUCGACGCGCCGGUUGUGCGGGUCAAUGAUUACAUCAGAACGUUGGGGCCCAAGGAAAGUAUAUGCGUGUUUGUGGGUGCCAUGGCCAAGGGCCGCGAUGACUUCGCAGAUGCGUUCAAAGACGAUGCUGUCAGUAUCAGCAACUUCAGUCUCAGCGCCAGCGUGGCGUGUAGCAAGUUCUGCCACGCGGCAGAAGAUGCAUGGGGCAUUGUAUGAAGGAAAAGGGAAAACAAACUAAAAAGAGAGAAUUAGGUCGGCCAAUGCAGACCAACCCCAAUGGAACAAGCCUCUUUCAGUUUUCACAGCUUUCAUCAUUACAGACGACGGAAGCCGAUUUGCCCGUUCUCACCAAAAAAAGAAAACUCUUAAGAAUUAACGACCGAAAAGAAGAUGACAAUAUAUUUAACAAAAGAAAAAAAGGAAAAAAAAAAAUAAAAUAAAAUAAAAGAGACAACAUCCGUGCUCGCCGGGUUUCUACUCUUGUGCUUUUUCCCCCGUCGAACUCGCCAUGCUACCACCUGUCAACCCGGAUCUUUUUACAUCUGGAAUUUGUAUGGAUGGGAACCAUGAGGCCGAGUGGGACCAAGUCAGGUAUAUAACACAAAAAAAAAGAAAGAAAGUUUACAAACCGUCGAGACCGGGCUCACGAUCAUAACAUCAAGGCCUGAGAUCUCUCCUGGCUGGCCUUCCCCCGACCGUGACAGAAGCACAGCGGAAUCAGACAGUAACGGCGAAGCAAUCAAAACGUAUGCUGCGACGACAACGGCCGUGGACCCCUUUUCUUUUUUUUUUCCUCCCUCCCUCUAUCUAUUUUAUUCUCUAUUUGUAUUUCCUUUAACUCUGGGGGUUUUUCUUUUUCUUUUUCUUUUCUUUUUUCAACUUUCAUUUCUCCCUGCACUGAGGCAAAACUCCCGCUUGGGUCUCGUUCUGUUUUUACAACCAAAACACGGGCGAUUCAACAGCCUCUAGGCGAGGAUUUUGUUCGUGCAAAAUAUAUUU